AUUUUUAACUGCGAAACACUUGAACUAUUUGUGUUGAAGAUUUCUCUCCUUUCCCUGCCUUCCCCACAGAGCUCUGUCCUCUGCUGCAGCGGGUGCACCCCAGCCACCUCCCCACGAUCUGCUUGCGCACAAUCAGGGACACAGGUGGAGCAGAUGCUGACUCAGCCCGUUCCAUUCAGACUUAAGCAGUAAGAAGAAAUUGGGAAGCUAUGGGCAGGGCGCGCAGGCCCCUCCCGGGGCAGCACAGGCAUUGUGAGGGAUGCUUCAACCGCCACUGCCGUGCUCCGGUGGAGCCCAGCGUCUCCUGCCUGGUGAUAAACUGCCACCUGCUCUGCGGCGCUGCCUUCCACAUGUGCAAAGAGGCAGAGCACGCGCUCCUCUGCCCGCUGGAGCAGGUUCCGUGCCUCAAUUCGGAAUAUGGCUGCCCCCUUUCCAUGUCCCGCCACAAGCUGGCCAAGCACCUGCAGGUGUGCCCCGCCAGCGUGGUCUGCUGCUCCAUGGAGUGGAACCGCUGGCCAAACGUGGACUCCGAAACCACCCUUCACGAGAACAUCAUGAAAGAGCCCCCCAGCGAGGAGUGUUUGGACACAGCCCUGGCCCUGCAGGACCAGAAAGUCCUCUUCAGAUCCUUGAAAAUGGUCGAACUUUUCCCAGAAACUAGAGAUGCCAGCGAGGAGGAGCCAGCUGUGAAUGGGGAAGCCAGCCCGGAGGACGGGGCAGGGGCGGCGGGUGGAGACGACUCCGGUUUGCUGCCGCGCGGCUGCCUGUCGGCUGCUAACGGGGAGGCGGCAGAGCUGAGUCAAGAAGAACGCGAGGCCUUGGCCAAAACCAAAGAAGGGAUGGACCUGGACAAGUUUGGCAAGUGGGAAAAUAUGUUCAGCAAAGAGCAUGCAGCCUCUGCUUUAGCAAAGUCCUCGGCAAGCUGUGAGAGCAAGAGCAGGAACGGCUCCGGGAAAGAACAGAUUUCCGGUGGCAAGAACGCGGCGGAGGGAGAGGGCACUGCCAAAGAGGAAGAACCACAGGAAAACCAGAAGCAGCGGGACUUUCGCACAACCAUGGAAACGACAGGGCUUGCUCCUUGGCAGGAUGGCGUCCUGGAAAGAUUGAAAACAGCUGUGGAUGCAAAGGACUACAAUAUGUAUCUAGUGCACAACGGGCGGAUGCUUAUUCACUUUGGCCAGAUGCCGGCUUGUACGCCUAAGGAGAGAGACUUUGUUUAUGGCAAGCUUGAGGCUCAGGAAGUUAAGACUGUUCACACCUUCAAAGUUCCUGUGAGCUACUGUGGAAAGCGAGCUCGACUUGGAGAUGCCAUGUUGAGCUGUAGGCCAAGUGAGCACAAGGCGGUGGAUACUUCAGAUUUGGGCAUCACUGUGGAGGACCUGCCCAAAGCAGAUCUCAUCAAGACCACCCUCCAGUGUGCUUUGGAAAGAGAACUCAAAGGUCACGUCAUCUCUGAAUCCAGGAGCAUUGAUGGGCUGUUCAUGGAUUUUGCCACACAGACGUACAACUUUGAGGCAGAACAGUUUUCCUCUGGGACAGUGCUGGCUGACCUCGUAACCCCUGCCAGCCCCGGGGGACUCCACGUGGAGCUCCACAGCGAGUGUGUGACCAGGAGACACAACAAGAGCAGCUCUGCUUUCACUUUCACUUGCAACAAAUUCUUCAGGAGGGAUGAAUUCCCCCUGCACUUCAAGAAUGUUCACACAGACAUUCAGUCAUGUCUCAACGGCUGGUUCCAGCACCGAUGCCCCCUCGCCUACUUGGGGUGCACAUUUGUUCAAAACUAUUUCCGUCCCCCGGGGCAAAAGGCAAAGGUGAUCUAUAGCCAGGAGCUCAAGACCUUUGCCAUCAAGCCGGAGGUUGCUCCAGAGCUGAGUGAGGGAAGGAAAAACAACCAUCUCUCAGGCCACAGAGGAAAAAGCCAGAAUUCUCUAACCAGCCUACCCCUGGAGAUUUUGCAGUACAUUGCUGGGUUCUUAGACAGCAUCAGCCUGUCCCAGCUCUCCCAGGUGUCCGUGCUGAUGAGGAAUAUCUGCGCCACUUUGCUACAAGAGAGAGGGAUGGUCCUGCUGCAAUGGAAGAAGAAGAGGUAUUCCCACGGAGGCGCCUCCUGGAGAGUCCACAGACAGAUCUGGCAGUUCAGCAGCCUCUUCUCCAAAAUCAAGAGCUGGGAGUUUAAUGAAGUCACCUCCAUGUCCGAGCACCUGAAGGCCUGUCCUUUCAACAUUGUAGAGCGCAAAACUGACCCGAUUCUUUUAACCAGCAUGUGUGAGCCCCGUGAGCAGGCCCGAGAAAGCCUGGUCUCCACCUUUAGAGCCAGAGCACGAGGAAGAUACACCUCCUAAAGAUUCAGAUGCCACCAGUCUUGGAUUUCUCCUUGGAGUUGCUGAAAGCAUUGGUAGGACAGAGUGUGGUUUUGAAGAUUCCCUUCAGUAAACUGCAUAUUUGCUUAUCAGGGCGUAUUGGAACACGCGAUGUUCAAACACAGAACCUCCGCAGUCACACCAGACCUUCAAAACCUCUGUGGUCGCACAAGACCUAAGAGCUUCCUAAGCUGUGGCUUGUAAUCAUAGUACCAUAUCGAUGACUUAAUUCCUUUCCUUUUUUUUCUUUUCCCUAAGAUAGAUCAGUCUGAGGAUAAAAUAAGUAACUUGAGGCCAUUUGGAAGAUGAACCCAACGCCUUAAGAGAUGAGAGAGCAAUGAAAUUCCAUAACUAGCACAGGCCUGUUGCUUUUACACAGGGCUUUUAGUUUACAAAGCACGUCCAGAUGUGUGGAGCAGACAGCGCAGGGAGGGGCUGAGGUACAGAGAGUUACUUCCCCGGGCUCCCAGGGCGAAGGCACAUGUUGAAGGUGCUGGGGCUGGAUCUGUCCUGUCAGUCAAGUCCAGGGCUUCUUUUAGUCCCCUACUGCCUCUAAGCCCAGAUAGUCCUAGCAGCCCAACAGAGUAGAGCCCCUGGCUGAGCUCAGCAGCCUGGAGGACACCACAGGCCAACAGAUGAGGAGCCGACGUGAGGUCACUGUGUCUGUCAUAUAGCAUCUUGGCAACAUACAGGAGGAAAACCUUGAAUAAUGGAGAGUCCAAAGGAGACCCUAUAUUUAUGGAGAAAAUUAGGACAAAAAAGCCACAAGCCUACUUUUUAACAUUUUAAUGAUGACUUAAAGCUGGGUGGAGUGGCGCAUUCCUGUAAUCCUAGCACUUUGGGAGGCUGAGGCAGGAGGAUCACUUGAGGUCAGGAACUCAAGACCAGCU